GAGCUCAAGCCCCGCCCAGCCCCGCCCCAGGGGGUCCCACGAGCCCAGCGUGGGGCGCGCGCGUGACCUCCGUGAAGGUGGUAACAAGGGCCGCGAACGUUCGGCCUGUGGAACGUGGUGAAUCGGGGAGGGGCCGAACCAGGCUACUGUGACCUCGCGGGGGAGGGGUGGGCUCGGGCCAGCCCCCUUCUCGUGCUGCGUGUAUUGGAGGUCACCCGGCCUCCUGUUGCUGCAGCUGCUCCCAGCCCCACGGAGCUCACUAGGUGCUCCCAGUUCCAGGGGACUCUUCCGAGCUGGUAGGAGCAGGUGCCGGUCUCUCUGCGGGAAAAGGACGUCGCAACCAGUCUUUAAACCAUGAGCUCCCUCACGAUCCACUCCUUCCGGGAGAUGAUGAAAAGCCUGCUGAGCUCAUCCAACUUUGAUCGGGUGUUGAGUAAGAUGACAGUUCUUUCUGCAACUCCUGGAAAGAUUGUUUGUGAAAUGAAAAUAGAGGAGGAGCACACAAACAGAGGUGGCACAUUGCAUGGAGGUUUGACCGCCACACUGGUAGACGUAGUGUCAACAGCAGCAUUGUUGUACACAGAAAGAGGAAUGCCUGGGGUCAGUGUGGAUAUGAACAUUACAUACAUGUCUGCUGCUAAGAUUGGGGAAGAGAUAUUGAUCACAGCUCAGAUUCUGAAGCAAGGAAGAAGUAUUGCCUUUGCCAGCGUGGAUGUAACAAACAAGGCAACAGGAAAGUUGGUAGCACAAGGCAGACAUACUAAAUACCUAGGACAGUAAUAUAAGAAAAUGAUAUCUAAAAAGGAAAGUUUGUGCUUAAGAAGCUAGCAUUGAUUUUUUUUUUCUAUUUUAAGCUGCAUCAAAUUACCACAAUCUGAAGGCAGUUAAAUGAUC